GAGUUUGGAAGGGCGCCGGAAGUAACCGCACUGCCUCGCCCCCCCUUCCUCCGCCUGCCUGCUUGCCUCCCUCCUCCCGCCGCGGACGUGGGGCGGGGCGACGGGGAGCCCCCGCUGCUUCCUUAUUGGCGGCUGCUGCGCGGCGCGCGGACUCAGGAUGUCGGUUGCGCUGCGGCGGCUCCGCGAGACCCCGCGGCACCUGCUGGUGUGCGAGAAAAGCCACGUGCGGCAUGAGCGCUCCCGGCACGCGGCGCACGUGCGGAGCCACGCUUACAACUGCCGCGUGUCAUUUUUGAUCCCUGAAUGUGGAAUUCUUCCAGAAGCACUGAAAAGAGUUAUCACAGACAUUGGAGAGUAUUACUUGGUGAAGAAUUUAUCCCUUCAUGAAUUGGUUACACAUGAAUUUAUCAAUACAUUUGUGAAGAAAGGUUCAUGCUAUGCUCUUACGUACAACACAAAAAUUGAUCAAGAUAAUGCUGCUGCUCUACUACCAACUGGAAAACUAAUUAUAUCAGUAGACAAGGACACAUAUGAGGAACUUGGACUACAAGGUCGUCCAUCUCAGUAUUCUGGUAAAAAAGUCAUGAGAUAUAUUGUUACCAUUGACUUGACUGACUCGGCCUUUGAUCCUGAUAGUAAGAAACAUAAAAGAGUGCUUUGGGCCUUGAAAGAGAAGAAACCUUUAGAAUUUGAUUUCCUGCUGUCCUGGCAUAACACAGGUACAGAAGGAUCAACACUGGUGUCAUACUUUUCCAAAAAUCAAAUACAAGCCCAUCAACCAAAAACAACAUUCAGCACAUUAAGAAAUUUGCAGUGUCCAGUGCUCCAUAGUAAUGAACUGCAAGGAAAGCUGGAAGAGUCAUGCAGUGCACAGGAACUGUUUGAAUGGCUAGGUGCUGUUUGCAACAAAGUUGGUUUAGACAACAAGUCAUUUAGUUUCUUAUCAACCUAUUGCUGUCCUCAGCCCAGCACAGUAGUGGAGCAAGCCUAUUUGUGCACAAUCACUGGCUUUAUACUCCCAGAGAAGAUAAUUCAGUUAUUGGAACAGCUGUGUUGCUAUUUUGAUGAACCAAAAUUGGCUCAGUGGGUGACCUUAACCGUGCAUGGCUUUGCAGACAGCCCUGUUUCUUGGAGAGAAAGUGAACAUGGUUUCCAAAAGGGAGGAGAGAAUUUGUACAAUUUUGUUGUUUUUAGGAGCCUGGACUAUUGGCUUCAAAUGGCUGUUGGAGCAAAUGAUGAUUGCCCACCUUAAAAGUUCUGCCUGUAGGGAAGUUUCUUAAAAAGAAUUAUCUGAGAUGUGCUUACAAAAUAUCAGACAAUUAAUUAGCCACUGAAAGGAUCUAUGUGUAUAGGAAGUUUUUCAUGUUAGCAUCUUAUUGCUUCCACAUGACAAGUGGAGAAGUCUUGUUUACUGGAAUGUGUAUUUUUGUCAAAUAUCUAUUUUUAAUAAAAAGUGAAAUCUUGUUA